AUGAAUGAUAUAAUAUUAGAUAAUAACAAAUGUACAUAUCAUACAAAUACAAAGCUAAAACUUUUAUGUUUAGAAUGUAAAUUUAUUCCAUGUUGUAUUCAAUGUAUUUCUAAAGAUGGUGAACACCAUGGUCAUAAAACAAAUUCUAUAGAUUCAAUGGAAACAUCAAAUAUUCUUCAAAUGAUGAAUUUAUUUAAAAAUGAUAUUAUUCCAAAAUUAAAAGAAACAAUAGAAAAUGAAAAAAAAAUAAUUUAUGAAUCUGACAAUAUUUAUAAUGAAAUUAAACAACAAUAUGAAAAUAAUAAAAAUUUAGUAAUAAAUGAAUUUAAUAAAUUUCAUAAAAUACUUCAAAUUCUUCAAUUAGAUAUUGAAAAGCAAUUAGAAACAUCAUUUGACCAAAAUACAUUAAUAAAUACUAUUAUUAAUUCAUCAAAGAAUAAUAAAAAUAAUAAUAAUAAUAAUGAUAGUAAUAAUAAUAAUAAUAAUAAUAAUAAUAAUAAUAAUAAUAAUAAUAAUAAUAAUAAUAAUAAUAAUGAUAGUAAUAAUAAUAAUAAUAAUAAUAAUAAUAAUAAUAAUAAUAAUUAUAAUAAUAAUAAUAAUAAUAAUUAUAAUAAUAAUAAUAAUAAUAAUAAUUAUAAUUAUAAUAAUAAUAGUAAUAGUGAUGAUGAAAAUAAUAAUAUAAUUAAUAAUGAUGAUAUCAUUUAUGGUAUUAAUAUAGAAUCAAUAAGUAAUGAAAUAGAUAAUUUCAAUUAUACUCACUUACAAAAUUGUGAUGAAAAUCAAAUUUAUAACUGGCUUGGAAAUCAAGAAAUUUAUCAAUUAUUGAAAAAAUAUCAACAAUCAUCAUUAAUAGUCAAUAAUAAAAAUAAUAUUAAUAAUUUAAAUAAAUUAAAAGAAUAUAAUAAUCAAUCAAUAGUAUUUAAUAAUCAAAAAAUAGAUGAUAUUAAAAAUAAUUUAAAAUUAGUUUAUGAAUUUGAUAAUAUUAACAACCAAAAUAAUAAAAACAAUUUUAAUAUUAUAGAGAAUAAUAAUAGUAUAAAUAAUAAUAAAAAUGAAAGAUUAAAGAUUGAAAUUGAUGAAAAUAAUUUUAAAUUUAUAAAGAAAAAUUUUGAAAAAAUUUAUAUAUAUUCAGAGAAUAGUGAAUUUUCAGAUUAUCAAGAUAAAGAAGCAAUUGCAUUUGGAGAAGAUUGUGGUAGUUUAUUAAAAUUUAAUUCAAAAACAAAUUUAACGAGUGUUAUGUUAUUAGAUGGGUUUAAAGAAAGUUUAGAACCAGGUGUAUUACCAAAUGGUAUUAAGAAUUUAGAAAUAGGUGAUAUUAAAACACCACUAGUAGUUGGAUCAAUACCAUCAACCAUUACAAGUUUAACGUUUCAUGAUGGAUUUAAUCAAUCAUUAGAACCUGGUAUAUUACUAAAUGGUAUUAAUUAUUUAGAAAUAGGUGAUAUUAAAACACCAUUAGUAGUUGGAUCGAUACCAUCAACUGUUUCAAGUUUAACAUUCCAUGAUGGAUUUAACCAAUCAUUAGAGCCUGAUAUUUUUCCUUCUUAUCCACAAAAUAAUGAAGAUAUGUCAAAUAUAUUGUCAUUUUCAUCCAUCGGAGGUGUAAAAUACUUAACAUUACAUAAUAUUAAAAGUGAACUAAACAUUGGAUCAAUUCCAGAGUCAGUAUCGCGUUUGACACUAAAAGAUGGAUUCUCUCAAACAUUAAAGCCAGGUGUUAUUCCAAGAAGUGUUAAAACUGUAAUAUUACACGAAAUAACAAAACCAUUAAAAAUUGGAUCAAUACCAAAUACAGUUUUAACAAUUAGAUUUUAUAAAGGCUUUAACCAAUUACUUACAGCAGGUAUUAUACCAGAUGGUGUUAAAUCAUUAGAAUUCAACCAAGUUAAGGACCUAUUGAUUGUCGAUUCAAUUCCUAAAUCAAUCUAUUCAUUAUGUUUUGGGUAUGGUUUCAAUCAAAUAAUAUCACCAGGUAUAAUUACUAAUGGAGUGUGCGAGUUACAUUUGGCAGAAAUUAAACAACCAUUAUUAGUGAAUUCAAUACCAAACUCUGUCACCAACUUGAUUAUCAAUAAUGGAUUUAAUCAAUCACUAUCACCAGGAAUCAUUCCAAAUUCAAUAAAGGUAUUAACAUUAGGUUAUGAAAACAUACAAUUAGUUGAAGAAUCAAUACCAAAAACAGUACAAGAAAUUAUUUUAUAUGGUAAAAUUCAACCAUCAUCAUUAGAUAUUUUAUUAUUCCGAUACCAAUUCUCAAAUAUUACAGGAUUAAUUAAUUUCAGAAAUACUUCAAGUUCCUCAAUAAAAUUUCGAAAGGCAGCCAAAAACAAAAGAUUUAAAAUUAUUUUUUAG